AAUGAGACAGGGAAAAAAAAAUUAAACUCAUAUUCGGUUGAGACAAGUCGUGGGCGCACAGAUCAAUUCCUGAACUCAGGCAAUGCUAUCUGUUCCCGAGACAUCUACGACAAUGACAGCGAGUUUCCGAGAGUUGGGUUCACGGUAGACACGACGGGCUGCUACUUCCCGAUCGAGUACCAGGGCGAGUACACCACCCAGAACACCGUCACCGAUGGAUCGGUCCGGUACAGCCGGAUCAACAUCACCGAAAGUGCGAUCCCGCUGUGGGGUUCCUGCCACCGGAGGCACGACAACAACGUGGUGCUGGUCACCGGGCCCGAGGAAGCGACCUGCUAUCGCUGCUUCCACCUGAAGCUGGUGUCCAAGAACGUGCUGCGGGUCCUCACGCGGGACAGGGACUACAUCAGCAAGUGUCACACCAACGAGGAGAAGGCGCUGGCUUCCUGUCUGCGCGAUGACAGCCUGCAGGACGAGGAGAAAAAUACGGAAAUCAUUCUUUACAAAUUUCGGGAGUGGAACGGUGAAGAAGUUCGGCAAGAGUACUGUCCAAUCCACGGUCGUUACAAGUUGACCUACAACAUUGACAACGGGACCGAGGACCAGGUGGAGUGUGAAACGCAGGAUUCCGAAGUUGACAAUUGUCCCUCCGGGUCGGCGCUUAAUUUACGCUUCCGUAACUGCGCCUUUCGGGAUCAGGAGGUCACCUUCGAGUGUCUGGGCCAUUGGCGAGGUUUGCGAAAUCAAAACUAUCUGGCCCUGGUGAACACCAACAAUGAUGCACGGUUGGGACCCAAGUAUAGGUGCGCCACCUGGAUCGAGAAUCCAAAAAGUGGAGAGGUGGAAAUUUCGUUCAGCAAAGACUCCACCUGUCGAUCGAUCAACAAGUAUCAUCGAAAUCCACACGUGUACGGCAAUGGAAUAACCAAUGAUUACCAUAGCGAGGUGAUCUCGUUGAAGCCAAUUCCACAGGAAUUCGGGCAGAUAACGCAGCAUUGCAAUUUUCCAAACUGGUUAAUCGGCAAGUGGGAGCACGUCAUCGUCAGUCAAAACCAGCUCAUCUACAAGGACCACACUUCGUUCAAGACCUACACGAUGAAAUGCGUCAAGAACCACACCAAUAGCGAUUCGGAUAAAUACAUCGUCUACAGUCGCACACAAUGUGGCGAGGAGAAGUAUCAGUGUCUCAAAAUUCAACGCCGAGAUGAAAACGUUUUCGAGUUCCAAAUCAGCACACGUUCGGAACCGAACUACACCAGUACGAUCUGCAACGAGUUCUACUUCAACGAGGAUCGAUGGCUUACCCAGGGACGGCUAGAUAGCAACAGUAUCGUUUCACCGUGCCCCAUUGUUGGUGAGUUUUCCGGUCUCAUCCCUGACGACGAGGGGCUUUGUGCGAAACUUUCGUCCGAAUGUGGCUCGCCAGACAUCAUGUACUAUCAGAUAUCGGCCUGCGGCUUCGACGAAGUCUAUGAAGAACGGGAAUACCGAUGCCUAGGGCAGUGGACUCACCGAAACAUCGUCUACACCUACACGCAACGUCGAGAUGUGGGAACCUACGAGUGUUUCGUCGGAACGAUGCUAUCCGAUCGACAGAUCUUCAUCAAGGAAGCCGGUGAACACUGCCAGCGAGAUGUGAACCCUCAUCGGUUUGGCAUGGAACUGAACAAGGUGGCUCACUGCACCGUGCCGGAACCCUUCAAGCCAACGAGCCGGCCAACGCACAAAUACUCCGAAGUGCCAACGUUACGACCACCGGCCACACCAAACCACAAUCCAACCAGCUAUCAGAUCAACACCAGCAAAAACAUCAACAACCGUCAGCCUCCAGUCUCGGUGGUGGUGACCAACUCGAGUCCCUCGGCACCAGUGGUCACCACCGGACAGAGUAACACCCAGUACACCGUGACGUCGUCGUCUUCGUCGUCAGCAUCCUCGAACCGGCACCAGCCCGAGAAACCCCAGUCAGCAGCGCCGGAACCGCAGGCCCCAACCAAGGUGCUGCGACCCGGGUCGGCUGGUGCCGGUUCCGCGAAUGCCGGAUCCGGGUCCGGCUCAGCCGCCCCAAGGCCGGCAAUCAGCAGCAGUUUGCUGCUUGUACAGUCCACAGUAGUCCUCGUAUUUAUUAUUGUUAGCAACUCCUAUCUGUGUUAUUUUAGGUUGUAAAAAAUUUAGGCGUUAAACAAAUUUUAUUUAAAAUGAA